AUGGUGUAUGGAUUUCACAGACCACCUCCUUUAGAUGUUGUAAUCUCCUGGUCUGAAACACAUGACAUCAUUAUACCUGCAAAAUUCCACAAGGAGUGGCUGUUCUUAUACAAAGGGUCUCGAGUGAAUAUUUCAUACACCAUAAGAUCCGCCGGUUCCUUGCCUUUAUCACUUGCGGUUGCCCAAGGUAUUGAAAGCCUCGGUGAGUGGGUAGAAGAUCCAUCAUAUCCCAAUACAAGUUUGUCAUGGAAUAUAAUAUAUGGAAAUGAUGAGAUCCAACAGGAAGUUCCCAAGGCUUCUAAUUAUUAUGUUGCUGUAGGAAAUUUUAAUUCUAAGGAAGUUCAGAUACAGUUGAAGUUCUCAGUGAAGGCUCUCGUUUAUGACACAAGUCGAGCGUAUUACAGAUGUUCUUUUGGAGAUCAUAUGUGUGCUUUGGAGCUUUAUUUUCUAGAAGACAUUGUUGCUGUCUUGUCUUCACCUGCUCGGAAUGAGGAAACGCUUAAUAGCAUCUGGUAAGUAUCUUAUGGACAUCGAUGGAUUACAUAUGUUGUUGGAUCAGGUUUCUCUAUUUCCCUAGCGUAAAAUAUGUAUAGUUUGGAUUAACUUACGCAUUAACCUGUAUUUAAUCCAUUUUUACAUUUAACACUUUUGCUAUGCUGUAGGUGCGAUGACCGUCCUAAUAUUAUUAGCUUUGCAAUUAUGUAAAAUGAACCAGAACAGAGACGAACCAAGAUUUCAUGCUGGAGAACUGGGAGCAGAACGAGCACGGUUGCUUCCGGAGAAAGACGAUGACAUCGGCAGUUGGGGUUCGUCUUACGAUUCCAUAUCCAAUGACGAGGACAAGGGAGAUCUGGAAACAUGGAAGCAAGCAGCCACUAGUCUUGAAGGAAAGCCUUUGAAGGAGGGGGAAAGGAGCGACAAUGAACCUCAUGGUGCUUGUGUCGUUUGCUCCGAUUCACCCAGAGAUUGUUUCUUUCUUCCAUGUGGACAUUGUGCUACCUGUUUUAUGUGUGGAACAAGGAUUGCAGAAGAAGCAGGCAGUUGCCCAAUAUGUCGGAGGAAGAUGAAGAAAGUUCGGAAGGUGUUUACGGUUUAAGGCAUGACUU